AUGUUUGCAUCUAUAAAAGGGAAAGUACUAGGUAAAUCAUGCAGUAAGGUGUAUAUUAUUGUUAAAAUUUGUACUGACUGGUUACUGUCUCUCACUUACAAUCUUGGACAGAAUAAAAAGGAUUGUCCAAGAUUGUAGUUGAAAAAAUUGGUCAUAUACACUGAGGAUACGCCCAGCAGAUUCUUGGAAACUGCUAACCUGCCCUUCCCCUGUUGUGACAUUUUGCCUUAUGGGAGACAUUAUUGUUAACAUUGGGUUGGGGGAAGGGUAGGUGGGUAGUUUCCCAGAAUCUUAUACUGACCAACCCUGCAUGUGUUGGACUAAUGCAUCCUCUCCACAGGGAGUGGUUGUCCUCCUAAGUAAUUUGUGCUACUGAAUUAACAUUAGCUGUUCCUAUAAUGUGCUUGAGCUUCCUUAGCUCAAGAUAUUCUUUACCUAUCUUAGUUACGUAAUUAUCAUUAUUUUAAAGGAGCUGUGUCACGAAAUUCAGCCAAAUUAGGAAAUUUCAACAUGCCGGUUAAAUUAAGAGAAACGUAAAAAUAACCGCUUAAAACUUUAAAGGAAGGCUAAAAUAACAUAACAGAAACCAGGGGCACCCAACGACGGUUUCCUCCUAAACGCAUUGAAAAGUCUUUUUAUGCUAUCCAGAGUACUUUUAGAUCUCUAGAAAUGUAUUCUAAGCAGCGCUAUAAAAUUUGCAUCUAUUCGGUCAUCCUAGGAGAGCUUUAGGCUUUUCGAAACUACGAGGGCUUCAGUGUUAUUUUUCCGAAAAUUUUAGAUGCAGUUGAACGUUUUACGAAAGUGAGAAUUUUUCUUGUUCUUCUUUCCAUCUCAUUUUUGAAUCCAAAAAUUUUAGGUUUCCUUUUUCUACGAAAAUUAGCUAAACAUAAGGAGUAAAAAAUUAAAAAUUACACUUCAGAAAAUGGUAGGGAAUUUUUUAGAUAAGCUUCGAAAAUUAUACCUGAAUGGAACGCUCUUCUAGAAAUUUUUGGCCGUAUUCAAGCAAUAGAAUGUUCUAAGCAAUAUUUGCAUCUCCAAACAGAUAUUUUACAGAAAACAGUUGCUCGGUGCCCCUGAGAAACAACAGAUGCCACAGAUGGGCAAAACUGAAGAAGACUGAAACGGAUUGAAAUUGGGGUUUUGGAAACUGUUCAGCCUAACAGUUUUUCAAAGUUGAUCCCUGCUGCUUGCAACUUCAAAAAUAAUGGUCAGGAAACAUAUUUGUUUGUCUCGGAUCUCUGAUUUUGUCAUUUACAUGUAAUUUCUUUGCUUACUUUAAGUUCCAUAGCGAUUGAGGGCAAGUAAUUGGCAAAAUUAAACAAAAUAAACUGGACUGCCGUGACACAGCCCCUUUAAAUAAUGAGAGGGUGCCUGGAAUAAAACCCUAACUGCCUGCACUUGUAAUUCGAACUUCCAAUUUGCUGUGCAUAUGAUUGUGAAUAGAAGGGAGAUUUUGGUAUUAGAUCAAGGGGCUUACUCCACACACCUCUUUGGCUGACAUUACAAGGUCUGCAAAUCAAUGGAAAAAUUUCCAGGGUCUGUAUUAAGUCCCCCGUCUUAUGCAGAGCUCAAGUAGAUUCUUUGCAUUUCAGUUUUUGAAUUUCGAUGACUUCUUGUAUUCAAGUGAGCAUAAAUUUACACAUCUUCUUUUUACUUUUUCCUGUGUAGGGAUUGACAUUGUGAAGAAUAUAUAUCGUUCUUCAAAUAUCAGCCAAGUUGUUAAUGCUAUGGUAGAUGCGCUGACAUCAGAUCCUCCACUUGACCGUUACAUAGUUGGUAUAGAUGCACGUGGUCUCCAAUUAUUGUCAUAUCUACCAACAUCUGUUGCUGACUUUCUCUUCCAUUUAAUACUGGCAAGAAAACUUGCUCCACCAAAAGGACCUCUGAAAUAA